GCGAACUCCCUCCUUGCCUCUAGGUGGCGUUCAUGGCUGCCUCUGCCUCCAAGCAUCUCAACCUCUCUUCUUCUUCGAAGCCUCCCAAAAUUCCCAUCGACGAAUCAAAACCCGCCAUUUCCAUUUCCAUUUCCAAUUCCGUUGUUUCUUCUGCUUUCACAAUCUCUUACGAUAACCUUUCCCUCUCCCGCGCCUCCCACCUCACUCGCCACGAGCUUAUCAAGCGUCGUUUCCACUACCUCAGUCAGCUUUCCAAAUGCUACAGAGACUUAUACUGGGCCCUCAUGGAGGAGCUCAAGGCCCAGUACAGAAAAUACUGCUGGGAGUAUGGGGUAAGCCCAUUCAGGGAGGGAAACAUGCAGGAAAGAGAGGGUGGCAAUUUUGAAGGCAAUGGUGAGAAUAAUGACUGUAAUGGUUCAAAUAGUCGAGCUGAUUUGGAUGUUGUGAACAAUCACAGAUGCGCUUUCGUGGGUUGUAAGUUGAAGGCCAUGCCAUUGACCAGCUUUUGCCAUUUACACAUUCUUUCGGAUUCCAAGCAGAAGCUUUAUAAGGCCUGCAAUUAUGUUAUCAAGAGUGCCCAGGCUGGACCUAUAACGUGCGGAAAACCUAUAUUGAGAUCCACAACCCCUUCUCUCUGCAGCGUCCAUUUCCAGAAGGCUCAGAAACAUCUCACGAGGACCUUGAAGAGGGCAGGCCUAAACUACUCAUCAUGUAAACUGGCUCCUAAGUUUCAUGUCAUGGUCGCAGAAUAUGUUCGUCAAAUUCAAAUGAGAAGAAAACAACUAAAAUCAAAUAGAAGAAUUAUAGUGAAGGAAGAAAAGGAUAACUGAGGCUGCAGAUAGUGGUUGCAAACUCAUCUCUAAUACACAAGCGGCGGAAACCGGGAGGUGAGAUGUAAUUCUAACAAUAUAGAGUUCACCAACUUCUGUUGUAACUUCAAUUUUUUCGUUUUUCUCUUUCCCUCUGCUCGUUCAAAUAUUUACCAUGGUUCCCUUCAUUUGAUUUGGCAGCAAGCCACUUUCGGGACUUUGUAGAGUUGGUUCACAACAACCCCACUGAUCCAAUGUUUGACUUAUACUUUUCUUUCUUCUUUUAUUGAUUGGGAACAUUACAGACCACGCUUGGCACCUUUUGUACCGUACCGAUAGUUUUAAGAAUUUGCAUCCUGUUUAGUGCU